AUGCCUGCGAAGAAAACCAUCAAGGAGCCCAUCGAAGACACCAAGGUUCCGACGCUGAGGUACUGGACGGUCCGGUUGAGGGAAAUCCAAGCUAACUUCAAUGACAUCUGGGAGUUUGUAGAGGGUUUCACAGAUAAUACUACUGCAGCUAUGGUGGAAGUUAGGUUGUCCGCUAUCGAUGAACUUUGGGAAAAAUUCUGCGAGGUACUGGUCGAGAUCAAAUCCCACGACGAUUUUGCUGGCGAUGAAACGGGUUUCGACAACGAGCGGAAGGAGUUCAGCAAUCGCUAUUAUUUUGCGAAAUCCUUCUUGCUUGACAGGGUUAAGGCUUCGAAUGAUUCUACGGUUCUGGACAACUCGAGUCGCGUUGCAGAUUUAUCAGCUCAAGGUGGUCUAGAUCACGUUCGCUUGCCGCAGAUCAAGCUUCAGAGCUUCGACGGAAACAUCGAUGACUGGUUAAGCUUCCGGGACCUCUACACUUCUCUUAUCCACUGGAAACAGGAACUUCCGGAUGUAGAGAAGUUCCACUACUUAAAAGGUUGUUUAUUGGGGGAGCCGAAGGCCAUGAUCGACCCUCUGAAAAUUACGAAAGCCAAUUACCAGGUGGCUUGGGAAAUGCUCUUGAAACGCUAUAACAAUAGCAAGCAGUUGAAAAAGCGUCAAAUCCAAUCGCUUUUCAAAUUGCCCACUCUCACCAAGGAAUCGGUCGGCGAAUUGCAUGUUCUGGUUGAAGGUUUCGAACGCAUCGUGAACACUUUAGACCAGGUGGUUCAAUCCUCCGAUUUCAAGGAUCUUUUGCUGGUUAAUUUCUUGGUUUCGCGUUUGGAUCCCAUAACACAUAGAGCGUGGGAAGAGAGCUCAGCAGCGGCAGAACAGGACACCUUGCAGGAACUAACUGAAUUUCUUCACCGGCGAAUUAGGGUUUUAGAAUCACUUCCUCCCAAACCAUCCGAUUCUAAAAACGUUCAACAAGUUUCAACGAAGCCCAAGGUUACCAGAACUGGACAUUCAGCGAUGCAGUCUUCCGGGAUUGUCUGCGCAGCCUGCAAGGAGCGACACUUAUUGCAUUUGUGUCCGAAAUUCCAAAAACUAACGGUGAUGGAACGGGAUGCCAUAUUGAAGACGCACAAUCUUUGUCGGAACUGUUUUCGGUCGGGUCAUCUGGCUAGGGAUUGCCAGUCCAAAUUUUUCUGUCGGCAUUGCCAGGGUCGACAUCAUUCCAUGAUUUGUUUCCGGUCAGAGAAAGGGGAUCGAUUGGCGAUCAGCGAAAGGGGUGGGAAUUCUACGGCUCAUUCUUCACACACCAGAGAACUUCUUCCGGCCAACACGGAAUCGGAAUCCAAGGUGGCGAAUACGGCGGCCACAACUUGUCAAACUUUCAAGGCAUUCAACUCCAAAACUUCUCAUGUGCUAUUGGCAACAGCUGUUGUGCAAUUGGAAAACGAUAUGGGUAUUCGGUUCCCCGCUCGAGCGUUGCUCGACUCCGGUUCCGAGAGUAAUUUCAUAACUGAGCGGUUAUGUCAGCGGAUGGCGCUAUCCAGGAAAAAGGAGGACAUUUCCAUACUGGGAAUCGGUCAAGCGGCUACGAGCGGCAAAUUCAGCGUUACAGCGAAACUGUGUUCCAGGACUACUAAUUUCUCUCGAGAACUCAAGUUUCUCGUACUUCCAAAGGUCACUUCCAAUCUUCCCACCUCGACUAUCAACACGGAAACAUGGGCGGUCCCUGAAGAUAUCGAGCUAGCGGAUCCGGCGUUCUUUGAAUCCAGCAAGGUGGACUUAGUUCUCGGGAUCGAAUCCUUUUUCGAAUGUUUUGUAAGUGGUCGAAGAAUUCCCUUGGGCAAGCAGCUUCCUACUUUAACGGAAUCCGUAUUUGGCUGGGUGGUCUGUGGAGGAGCUGCAACUCCCGGUUCAGCAUUCAACGUGCAAUGCAACAUGUCGGUGAAUGAAUCCUUAGAGCAACUCGUAUCUCGGUUCUGGGAGCGCGAGGAAAUUGGUUCGGCGAAAACAUUCACCAAGGAAGAAAAACGGUGUGAGCAGCAGUUCAGUUCGACGGUUCAGCGUAGCUCCGAUGGUCGAUAUACGGUGAGCUUACCCAAAAACGAGGACAUCCUUUCGAAACUUGGCAACUCAAGGGAGAUUGCCCUUUGA